AUGCAUCCAUUCGCUUACGCAGAGAUUCCUCCCAUCGAUCUUGUUGAUCGUACCUCGUUCGAAGAUUACCAGCUUUACCCUUCUCCCGAUCCUCACAUGAGUCCCGCUUUCCACCAAGAAUCAUCCCCAUUCCAGCUGCAGUUGUCGCAGCUUCCAACCCAUGAUAAAGGCCAUUAUAUCUCUGCGUAUACAACCUGGAUCGACGGGUCCAUUUCCCCACAUGCCGUCGGCCCGCCUCCAUUUGCCCAUGCGGGGCUUCAUAUUGCUGCCCCUAACGCAUACCAUCUCGCGUCUUCUUGGAACAACGAUAUCUCAUCAACCUCUGGCGUAGAGAGUCCUCGCAGUAGUUGCGACGGGAACUUUGCGCCGAGCAGCUUGAUGGAAGCCUACCCGUCUCCUCCCUCCAUCUACGACGAUCCAAAAGUCCCCUCAUCCAACGUCGGAAGGUAUUCUUCACCGGCUGGAUCAGCGACCGACUCGGUUGCACUUCCUCAGAUACAAAGCUAUCCUGAUCCCGAGCCAAUCGUGGAGCCAAUGUACCCCCUAUCACCACCGCAGCUGCUUGUAUAUGACGGGGAUAAUCAAGUCGAUGAGGCAGAAAACAGUACAGAAGCCAUGAGUGGUAUUCAUACCGGUGGAGAGAUAGUUGCUCGCCGCGCAUCUUUGCCGCAAGCUGGACGUGGAAAAACUCGCCGCAACGCGCCGAAGACAUCGCAAUCCGGUCGUGUCACGAAGCCAGUCACGGCGGAAAAGUCACGACGCAAGGCGGCAACAUCUACUCUAGCCCAACAGACUGGCCGCAAGAAGACGCCCAAGAGAGCUUCUUCGUCCCCGCGCCUCUUCGUCUGCAGCUUCUCACACUACGGCUGCACCAGUAUUUUCACCUCGAAGAAUGAAUGGAAACGACACAUUGGGUCACAGCACCUCCAACUAGGCUACUUUCGAUGUGACGUCGAUAAUUGCGACGAUGGCCACAAAGCCAGCAGGAAGAAGUAUGGCCAUGCCAUCGGCUCAUCCCGCAGUCGCUCUGCGUCUCACGACCACUCUGCCCGCCAGACGAACGACUUCAACCGCAAAGACUUCAACCGCAAAGACCUCUUCACGCAGCAUCAGCGUCGCAUGCAUGCCCCAUGGGUGCUCGAGGGUCGAUCUGCAAGCGCGCAGGAGCUGCAAGCGUUCGAGGUCAGCCUUGAGGAUGUUCGGUCCCGCUGCUGGCGUGAGCAACGCAAGCCGCCUCAACAGAGUCAGUGCGGAUUCUGCGCGAAGGAAUUCUCAGGCCCGGCCAGCUGGAAUGAGCGGAUGGAACAUGUUGGACGGCACUUUGAGAAGGACGAGCACUCCGUCCCGGAAGAAGAGGACAUUGGUUUGCGGAACUGGGCCCUAAGUGAGGGACUCAUCCAACGCAAUGAUAAGGGCAAGUGGGUGUUGGUUGCUCUACGUGGAUGA